UUAUAGUUUAGGUAUUCCCAUAACAUCUAACAUCCUGCUCCGCACUGCGACUGUUUUCCGUCCACCAUGUCCUUCAGAGAUCCUCGAUUUUAAACACGGAGACAUGGAAAUUGUUGCCACAAUUCUUUGCUGUUGAGGGAUCACUACAACUGUUCUGAGGCCAUUACAUCCAGCAAUCAUGUCAGAUGAAAGCCACGUGCAGGAGAAAGCCUCAAAAGUUCUUGGAGAUGACCCCUUGAAGUCUCAAAUCAAGGUGGACAGGAAAGAGUUUGCAAAGCUCUUGCACCAGGUGCUGGCGUACAAGAACCUGGCCAUGUGCAUACAGAGUAUUGCUGGGGAGAACAAGAAGCUCAAGCAGCGAAACGAGGACUUGGAAAGGACAAUUCUUAAGUCAAACAGGAAGUUCAGCCAGAUGGUGAUUCAGGACAACCAGGGGUCAAGGUCAAGUCAGGUCAAACUUCAGGAAAAUAGGUCAAGGUCUUUGCCUUCUCAUUUCAACUUUGAUGAUGAUUUCAACCUGAUGCCAUCUGUUGUUGCACAAAGUCAGAGCUUUUCAUCUCUUCAACAUCAGCGAAAUCCAGACAUCAAUGCACCAAAAAUUAGUUUGGAUAAAAGUGUUUCUUCAAGUCAGAAUCCUUCUUCUCUGUUUGUUUCCAACCUUGGUGCAAGUGUCCUCGCCGAUAGUGCCCCAACAUGGUAUUCCACUGACAGAGCUAAGCUGAAAGAAAGAGGAAUUGUUCACGGUGCUGAUUCUGAAGCAGAUCAGGAAAAAACAGAUCCAUGUAAGGAUGAAGAAACCGGGUAUUCCCUGAAAGUUGAUGGUGACUGCAGGAGCCUGAAUGUAGCCCCUCAGUUUGUGCUGCCUACUCACUUCAAACCAACCUCUCCCGUGUCGCCAUCUCUAACGCCACCGAGCCUGUCCCUCAGCUCCGAUGAACAGGAUCCUGUUGUGGGGGCGGACCAGCCCCCCCUGGAGGAGGUUCAUGUGGCAUGUCCUGGUGUGUCCAGACAGUACUUUGAUGUUGUGGUCAAGGAACUGGCCAAGUCCAAGCAGCUCAUCAAACAACUUAUAGCCAAGAGUCGUGAAAAUCCAAACGAUGUCAUGGACACAAUCUCCAUGAAGCAGAUGGCCCACUCUCUGGCUGUGGAGAACCAGCGACUGAAGGAGUCCAACUUGUACUUCCGCAACCUGCUCGUCAGAGAGGCGACAAGUGAGGAUGUCCAUGCCCCCGCCAAUGCUGAGAUUCUCAACUUUCAUGAUAAGGUUCAGAAGCUGGAGCGCCAGCUGACCUUGAAGAAUACUGCUCUGGAACAACUUAACAAGCAGUGUGAGAUAUGGAAGCGGUAUGGUCAGAAGGCGAUGGCCGCACAGUACACAGCCAAGAAGGAUGAGCGGCCCUUGCCAACUCCAACAACUGACAACUUUAGUCAAACAGAGAUGGUACAUGUGGAAUCUCGUGUGAGUCAGACUGAGGGACAAGAUGUCAGCCGACAGUCACAAGCAGAGGAAGAGGCGGCGGCCAUGUUGACUGAGUCUCAACUUACUGUUCAGAAGUUAGAGCGGCUAGUCGGAGACGUGACGAUGGAGAACAUGCAAGAGAAGGAAAAGAUGGAGAUGCUCACAGCUCAUUAUAUGAACCUGGAGCAGAGCUACAAGCAGGUUCUGGAGAACAUGGCCGAACUGGAACGGAACCAGGAUGCAGCAGAGACUCGCGGACGCAUCAAGGCUCUGGAGCGGGACAUUGAGGACAAGGCCAGGACAUUAAAGGACAACACGGAGGAGAUGAAAUUUCUCCGAUACCAGAUCCAGAGUGCUCAGAGCGACAUGGGAACCUUGAGCCAGCAGAAGACCAGGGCGGAGGCCAUGCUCAAGUCCCAGCAGGAGCGGGCCAGCCAGAAGGAGACCCAGCUGUUCACCCAGUGCAGCAGACUACAGCAGCAGGUAUACGGGCUCCUAACUGAAAAUGAGAAACUGACGAUGAGACUCUCUGCUCAAACAAACGUUGCCCGGGUGCAGCCGGUGAUGCAGCAGAUAUCACAGGAGCCGACAUCCAUGCCUGUCAUGUCGUACAAAGCUGGUGCGUUUCCAUGGCAACGUGGUCCGAAGGAUGUGAGUUUGUUGACAAAUAGUGAAGUGGCGUCCUCCGAUCUUAACUACAGCGAUCCAUGUUUGCUAAAAAGACAACUUUCGUCCGAGGAAGAGAAAUACCUGUGCCAUCAUUGUUUGAGGACUGAUUUCAAGGACGAGAAGAGUUUCAACCAACAUAUGCAAAGAUGUGGUGAUUAGUGCUUUCUCGCCGCCAUUACUUCAUGGGUUUGUAUACACUGCAUUCCUCAAAGAACGACCACAACAGACACCGAGCCGCAGUGCUGUAGCUACUAUUAACCAAUGAAUCUAGCCAUGGUUUGGUCUCGGCAAUGGGAAAACCAGCCAGGUCACACUAAUAGCUACAUUCCCUGUGCAUCAUCUGCUAGAGUGGACAUCUGCUCUCAUCCUUCCUUAAAUACAGGGCAGGCAGGCAUCUGUAGGGUUUACUAAAAAAGUCAAGCACAGCUCAUCUGUGAGUUCUGCUCACCCUCAUUCAAUUACUUGACUGAAAAAAGAAGUGAGUCACUGCUAUGUCGUCAUUAAUAUAGAGCAUUUUAGGUCAUUCGGUUUGUUUGAACUUUACAUGAAAUUCUUGUAGCAGUACAACGACAAAACACUUCUGAAAUAUGUCUGAUUUGAAAUGAAAGGUCUCUCUGUGUUAAUAUUUCAAAUCUGAAAAGUAUUGCAAACUUGUUCAUAAGAGGUACAUGUAAAUAGCUUAUAUUUUAGUUUCGUUUCAAAAACAUGUUUUUCUCAUCCUUUUGAACCUGAACUCGAAAUCAAGGUGCUUGCUGGGAAAUGUCCGUGUCUGAAUGCAGAAUAUUUCCUUCGGUCAACACCAAUAGAUGUCAUGGGCGGAUACAGAGGGAGGGUGCGGGGGUGCGCACCCCCCCUUUUUAUUUUGAAAAAAAUCUUUAUUUCUGUAUAAAUUACCACCAAAGACAAUAAAUAGAUCUUAAUUGUGCACCCCCCCUUUUCAAAAAAGCUGUAUCCGCCCAUGGACGUCCACCAUCCCAUCCUACUUCAGGUGUUAUUUGGUAUGGGCAGCUAUUCAGUCCAAAAACACAUAGUUGAAAUAAAGGACAAAAGUACGCAAUAAUAGUCAAAUGUAAUAAAUAAGAAAUGAAUGUUACAAACAACAGUCAUUAUUUUCGUACAAAUAACGACUACAAAAUACAAAACAAUACCAAUGAACAACUAUAACAAUGAACAACUUGUUUUGUAUUUUGUAUUCAUUAUACGUAUGGAAAUAAUGAUGUUUAUUUAACAUUCAUUCUUUAUUCAUAAUAUAUGACUAUUAUUGUGUACUUUUGUCCUUUAUUUCAACUUUAUAUUUUUGGACCAAAUGGCUGCCUAUAAUUUGGAAGAGCUGAAGAAAGAAUAUCCGCGACAUUUGAGUGUAAUGAUUUUAGUAUCACGCUGUUUUGUUUAUCAGAUUGAUCCUCCAGGUAUUGGGAGAUGAUAUUGUCAGCUUAUUCUGUGGUGAUUAUGUUCAAGAUUAUGUUUCUUAUUGGAAUACUAGAAUAAGCAGAUAUAUCUCUCAGGUUUUCAGUUACUUUAGGCAGAAGGUGUAAACAAACUGUUGUAUUGUUCUUAUUCUUAUUAUAGACGACCGCCUCCGUGGUCUAGUGGUAGAGUCCGCUUGGAGAGUGGAUGGCACUUGUUACCCUGUGUGGCGCUCGGCAUUAAGGGGCUAAAACAAGGACUGGUCGGCUCGGAGUCAGU